AUACCUCGAGUAACCAACCACUGCCAUUUGCGAGCUUUUCAGAGAAUGGCAAACUCUCGGUUUUGACAGGAAGGAAACAUUUCAAUGUAACACUCAGCUCAGUUCCGUUUCCAGUAUAUUCUACGGCGUGUUCUCGGACCAGCUUCAGGAUUCCACUCGAGUAUUCUAGAAAAGUAGCUAGCUAUCUUGUACUAACGUGAGACAAGCCAUCUGAUCUGACUAGACGCACUGCGGAAAAAGCGUACUUAGCGUUUUCAGUUAGCAAGGAACUGAACGAUUAUACGUGUUGUAUGUUGCCUGAUAUUUAAACGACUUUGUUAACGCUAACGCUAUCUAACCAACGUUAUAAUUAGCCAUUUCAUAAUAGCUCGCUAACCUGCUAAAGAUCCCAACGAAUAGUUCCAUUGGAUAUUUGUAGCUAGCUACGGGCCAUUUGUGUUAUUGUUGCCAGCUCAGUCUAACUUAGCUAACCUAUCUAUUAAUCGUACAUACUUAGUUACACAUCCUGUGCUCCUUAAGUAGCUACGGUUAUCUAGUCUUCUGUUCGAACUAGGGAUAGCUACCACCGCCAUCAAUCAUGGCCAAGUGGGGUGAAGGGGAUCCACGAUGGAUUGUAGAGGAGAGAGCCGAUGCAACCAACGUCAACAACUGGCACUGGACAGAGCGGGACGCGACAAACUGGUCGUCGGACAAGCUGAAGGAGCUGCUCCUGGGGGUGCGCGUUGAGGGGGGGGAGGGCGUCUGCGAGGUGACGGAGGUUGACAAGCUCGAGGGAGAGGCGUCCAUCAACAACCGCAAAGGGAAGCUCAUCUUCUUCUAUGAGUGGAACAUCAAGGCCACGUGGACCGGAACAUCAAAAACGGGAAUCAAGUACAAAGGGAACGUGGAGAUUCCCAAUCUCUCGGAUGAAAAUGACAUGGAUGACCUUGAUAUCAGUGCGUCGCUUAGUAAAGAUGAGCCGGACACUCCACUGCUGGCCCUCAUGAGGAAAGAAGGGGUCCAAGCCGUCAGAUCCGCACUGGGGGGCUACCUCGGCCACCUGAAAACUGAAUUUACUCAAGGGAUGAUCCUGCCUACAGCCAAUGGCUUGACCAAGCAGCCCCAGGAAGAGUCGCAGUCCAAGGCCAAAGUGGAUAAAACACGGAUUGAGAGUGGGAGCUCUGCCCCUGCACCCAGCACUGGGGUGAAGAUCCCGACCUGCAAGUUCAGCCUGAAGGACACUUUUAUGACCUCACCAGAGGAGCUCUACAGAGUCUUCCUCAACCAGGAGAUGGUGCAGGCAUUCUCCCAUGGGCCAGCUGUGGUGGACGCAGACAGGGGCGGCAAAUUUCGGCUGAUGGACGGGAAUGUUUCUGGAGAGUUCCUGGAGCUGGUUCCUGAUGAGAAAAUUGUGAUGAAGUGGAGGUUUAAGACCUGGCCGUGUGAGCACUAUGCUACGAUCUCCCUGAAGUUCUCGGACCGGGGCGGAGAGACCGAGCUCAGGGCAGAGUGUAAAGGCGUUCCGGUGAACGAGGAAGAGAGAACGAAGCAGGGCUGGCAGCGUUACUACUUCGAGGCCAUCAAACAGACUUUUGGCUACGGGGCGCGGCUCUUCUGAAGACAACCGGCUAUGUCAUCUUAGCACUUAUCCCUGACCUCUGACCUCUGAACUUGAAACCAUAAGACACGGGGAGAAAAAAAAAAAAAAGAAAUUAUCGUCACCUGUCUUUUAUUUGUGUGUGUCAAUGCUUUCAUUUCUGGUGCAGAUACUGGAUUCUGCAAGCACUAGCUGUUUUAGUGAGCAUGACUGAAUGGUGCCUUGAUGGAUGGAAGGCAGCAUUAUGACAAAGUGGUUCUGAGCCCGUGCUUGCUCUGGGGCUCCUUAACAUGUGUCCUGGAAGCAGUGGUGGAAAGUCCAGGGGUCAGAUGGUAAAAGUCCUACCAUGCGUUUCUUACAUCCAUAAACUCAGCCAGCUGGUUUCACCGAUUAAUUCUGCCUCCUGCUCCAGAAUUGUGCUAAUUAGCAAAUCAAGGUGAUUGGCACGAAAUACUGGGGCGGACUUUUACUUUCUGAAUCUGGAUUUUGCAGCUCUGUCUGGAAGAAGAGAGAUUGAAGUGCGAUGGAUUGGUAAAGUCAAAUCGGUAGAAAUAAAAGUACUUUUCAGUUAGAAGGUAAUUCAAUUUGCUAAUUGGGCUGUAUUUUUUGGUUUGUUCUUUCUAUAGAUUUAGACGAUAAUAUAAAUAAAUGCAAUUUUUAUGGAA